AUUCAGGGAUCCGGGUUGUCGAAGUUCGGACGACCGACGAACCGCUUCUCCCAUUGCAGUACGCUGCUCUCUCUUUCUCUCUCUCUCUGUAGUGUUGAUUUGGGGGUCGAGAAGACGACGACGAAUUGAUGACUGAGAGUUAUUCGAAUCGAUUGGGUAAAUCUGCAAAGAAAGGAAGAGAGAUAUUGCCCGUUACAAAUCUGAAUGAACUUCUCCUUGGGGCUUGGAUUUCCCUCUCCAUUUACGAUCUAUUCAAGUUAAAUUUCAUAGCUUCGAUCUGGAUUUGUUACAGAUGUCUAAUGACGUUGAGAAUCCAAAAGGUGGUGAGGCACAGAAAAGCCCAGAUACUUCCUCCAGUGAAAUCGAAGUGACCUGGUAUAAUAGCUUUCUCCAACAUGCAUCAGUAUAUGGUGUUGCUGCUGGAUACUGUAUUUCAGCAUCUCUUUUGUCAAUCAUAAACAAAUGGGCCGUUAUGAAGUUCCCAUACCCUGGGGCUCUGACUGCUUUACAGUACUUCACUAGUGCAGCUGGGGUUUUCCUUUGUGGGCGGCUUAAACUUUUAGAGCAUGACCCACUUGACAUAUGGACCAUGUGGCGCUUCCUACCUGCAGCAGUGAUAUUCUACCUCUCCCUCUUUACAAACAGUGAGCUCCUUCUCCAUGCCAAUGUUGACACUUUUAUUGUCUUCCGGUCAGCAGUUCCCAUUUUUGUUGCAAUUGGAGAGACCCUCUACUUGCACCAACCUUGGCCUUCAAUCAGGACAUGGAUCUCAUUAGCCACUAUUUUUGGUGGAAGUGUGCUUUAUGUUCUUACAGAUUACCAGUUUACACUGACAGCCUACAGCUGGGCACUGGCAUAUCUUGUUAGCAUGUCUAUUGACUUUGUGUACAUAAAGCACGUGGUGAUGACAGUCAGCCUCAACACAUGGGGUCUUGUACUCUACAACAAUCUUGAGGCCCUCUUCCUGUUUCCACUGGAGCUGCUUAUAAUGGGGGAGUUGAAGAAGAUAAAGCAUGAGAUCUCAGAUGAGUCAGACUGGUAUUCUUUUGAGGUUGUUUUUCCUGUGGUUCUAUCUUGCCUGUUUGGUUUGGCCAUUUCUUUUUUCGGUUUCUCUUGCCGAAGGGCAAUUUCAGCAACAGGAUUUACUGUUUUGGGCAUAGUAAACAAGCUCUUGACGGUUGUAAUCAAUCUAGUGAUCUGGGACAAGCAUUCAACAACAUUGGGGACUGUGGGUCUUUUGAUUUGUAUGUUUGGUGGAAUUAUGUACCAGCAGUCCACAAGCACUAAGGCCAAGGUUGCUACAGAAGCAAAAACACAAGGUAGUGAGGAGGAACAGCAAAAACUACUUGAAAUGCAGACAAGGACAGAAAGCAAUACCACUGAAAAGGAAGCUGUGGGUUCAGGAGAGUUAAAAUGAGGGCUUUCUUUCCCGUUUCCCCAUUUGAGCACAAUAUUUAUGCAUUCAUUUAUUGUAUUCUUGUUGUAAUACAUCAUUUAAAAAGGAAUCUUUUUUUUUUUCACUUCAAUAAUUGGGGUAAAGCUGAUGGAUUUUGAUUGUCAUCGACUGUUGGAAAGACUACAAUAGCUGUUGUUCUUUGA